GCCUUCGCCAGGUGUGCUGCUGCCUGCGAUGUACUCGGUGAAGCGGAGGCCGCAGCCGAAUUCCGCGGUCAUGCCGCGAGGUGUGAGGCCGCGGCACAGGCCACGAGGAAUCAGCGGAAGGCCGAGGAAGAGCAGAGGCAAGAGGCCAAACGUCAGCAGCGGGAGAAGCUGGCUGCUGCCCAGGAG